AGGUUCGUGGCUGGCUGGCAGCGGCUGUCACUCCCCGGCGGUUUCCCUGCGGCCAGUGCUCUCCUUGGGGCGGGAGGAAGAGGGGCCGGACUGGGGCCUGACGAGCCGUCGCCGUCUUCGCAGCUGCUAUGACCAGCGGGCAAGGCGCCCUCCGCAGCUCCGCGCUACGCUAGUCGCGGCCGUGCGCUCGCUCUAGCCGUCUGCGUCCCCAGCGCGGCCGCUCCCGCGGCCCCCUCGGCUCUGCCAGCGCCGCCUGCGAGGCGAGGCGGAGGCCGGAUGAAGAUGACGGUGGAUUUCGAGGAGUGUUUGAAGGACUCGCCCCGCUUCAGGGCAGCUUUGGAAGAAGUAGAAGGUGAUGUGGCAGAAUUGGAACUCAAACUUGAUAAGCUUGUGAAACUUUGUAUUGCAAUGAUUGAUACUGGAAAAGCCUUUUGUGUUGCAAAUAAACAGUUCAUGAAUGGGAUUCGAGACCUGGCUCAGUAUUCUAGUAAUGAUGCUGUAGUUGAGACAAGUUUGACCAAGUUUUCUGACAGUCUUCAAGAAAUGAUAAAUUUUCACACAAUCCUGUUUGACCAAACUCAGAGAUCAAUUAAAGCACAGCUUCAGAACUUUGUUAAAGAAGAUCUUAGAAAAUUCAAAGAUGCCAAAAAGCAGUUUGAAAAAGUCAGUGAAGAAAAAGAAAAUGCAUUAGUAAAAAAUGCCCAAGUACAAAGAAACAAACAACAUGAAGUUGAAGAAGCCACCAACAUUCUGACAGCAACAAGAAAAUGUUUUCGACACAUAGCCCUCGAUUAUGUGCUUCAGAUUAAUGUUCUUCAAUCAAAAAGGAGAUCAGAAAUCCUAAAAUCAAUGUUAUCAUUUAUGUAUGCCCAUUUGGCCUUCUUUCAUCAAGGAUAUGAUCUGUUUAGUGAACUUGGACCCUACAUGAAGGAUCUGGGUGCACAGUUGGAUCGACUGGUUGUGGAUGCAGCAAAGGAGAAAAGAGAAAUGGAGCAAAAACAUUCCACCAUACAACAAAAGGCUGCAUUACAGGAUUUCUCCAGUGAUGAUUCUAAGUUAGAAUAUAAUGUAGAUGCUGCAAAUGGCAUAGUUAUGGAAGGAUAUCUUUUCAAACGAGCCAGCAAUGCCUUCAAAACUUGGAACAGGAAAAAGCCCGAUCAUAUCAGGCGCUGGUUUUCAAUACAGAAUAAUCAGUUGGUUUACCAGAAAAAAUUUAAGGAUAAUCCUACUGUAGUAGUUGAGGAUCUCAGGCUCUGCACAGUGAAACAUUGUGAAGACAUAGAACGACGAUUCUGCUUUGAGGUGGUCUCUCCAACAAAAAGUUGUAUGCUCCAGGCAGAUUCUGAAAAGCUGCGCCAGGCAUGGAUUAAGGCUGUUCAGACCAGUAUUGCUACUGCUUAUAGAGAGAAGGGUGAUGAAUCAGAGAAGCUGGAUAAGAAAUCAUCUCCAUCCACAGGAAGCCUAGAUUCUGGAAAUGAGUCAAAAGAGAAAUUAUUGAAAGGAGAAAGUGCGCUUCAGCGAGUACAGUGUAUCCCUGGCAAUGCCAGCUGUUGUGACUGUGGCCUGGCAGAUCCACGGUGGGCCAGCAUCAACCUGGGCAUCACCUUGUGUAUCGAGUGCUCUGGAAUUCACCGGAGUCUUGGGGUUCAUUUUUCGAAAGUACGAUCUUUAACUUUAGACACUUGGGAGCCGGAACUUUUAAAGCUUAUGUGUGAGUUGGGAAAUGAUGUUAUAAAUCGAGUUUAUGAAGCUAACGUGGAAAAAAUGGGAAUAAAGAAACCACAACCAGGACAAAGACAGGAGAAGGAGGCAUAUAUCAGAGCAAAAUAUGUGGAGAGGAAAUUUGUGGAUAAAUCUUCUAUAUUAUCAUCGCCUCCUGAGCAGGAAAAAAAGUUUGUCUCUAAAAGUUCUGAAGAAAAGAGGCUGAGCAUUUCUAAAUUUGGGCCAGGUGACCAAGUCAGAGCAUCUGCCCAAAGUUCAGUCAAAAGUAAUGACAGUGGAAUCCAGCAGAGCUCUGAUGAUGGAAGAGAAUCUUUACCCUCCACAGUAUCAGCCAAUAGUUUAUAUGAGCCUGAAGGAGAAAGGCAAGAUUCUUCUGUGUUUAUUGACUCUAAACAUCUUAAUCCAGGGCUUCAGCUUUAUAGGGCUUCAUAUGAAAAAAAUCUUCCUAAAAUGGCUGAGGCUUUGGCUCACGGCGCAGAUGUGAACUGGGCUAAUUCCGAGGAAAACAAAGCAACACCACUUAUUCAGGCUGUAUUAGGGGGUUCUUUGGUGACAUGUGAGUUCCUCCUACAGAAUGGUGCUAAUGUGAACCAAAGAGAUGUCCAGGGGCGGGGACCAUUGCACCAUGCCACCGUCUUAGGGCACACAGGGCAGGUAUGUUUAUUCCUAAAACGCGGUGCCAAUCAACAUGCCACUGAUGAAGAAGGGAAAGACCCUUUGAGCAUAGCUGUGGAAGCAGCCAAUGCUGAUAUAGUAACCUUGUUACGUUUAGCAAGAAUGAAUGAAGAGAUGCGGGAAUCAGAAGGACUGUAUGGACAGCCAGGUGAUGAAACUUAUCAGGACAUAUUUCGUGAUUUUUCCCAAAUGGCGUCCAAUAAUCCAGAGAAACUAAAUCGUUUCCAGCAAGAUUCACAGAAAUUCUGAAUAUUUUUAAAAAGGAGAAAAUAUGGAAUCUGGUUACCCCUUAAUGUAUACAGCUAAAAAUUCACAAAUUUUUACUGCUUUAAUUCUACUUAAUUUUGGUAGAUAUUGAAUGGCUUGGAAAAAGGUACCCAUUUAACAGAUUUGUAAAUUAAAACAUAGCUAUCUAGUAGUUGGGAGAGGAACCUAGUUAAGGACCUCUUUUAUUUAAAAAAUAAUAAUAAGCCUGUUUAAAGGGCUAUUUUUAUAGAUAAAAGUUCAGUCUAGAUUUUGGCCAUGUCUACGUUACAGGAUGCUGGGAGGUCAGACAAAAAUGAUUCUUUUGCCAAUGGGUAGUAGCAUUGAUGUUUUUCUUCCCCAUGUAUCUUGCCAAGGAUCAUUCAGUCAAGCAUGUCUUCAUCAGUGGAAUCCAACUGUCCUGCCUGCCUCAAGAAUAUGUCUUUUCUUUAGCUUCCCUGAUGAUUUUUGGUGGUUCAGAAAUAGGUGUGUGUGUUUACGUGUGUUUGGUAACCUAGCUAUCAUACACAUAAAUAUAUGAUUUAUUAGAACUAAAGAAUGUGUUUUCCCCAUUUGUUCCUAAGUGCGGUUAUACUCCUUAGAUGACAGGUUAUUGUCCAGUACUUUAAUAUAUGUAUGUAUAAUGGCUGUACAGGUAGACCAUAAUUGAGUCCUUUAGAAUUACUCUAUUUUAUGCAGCAAAAAGCAGCUUUUUUUUUUUUUUUUUUUUUUAAAUUACAAAAUCCCAGUUCAAAAUGUGUAGCUCUUCAUUGUUGGGUUGAUUUCCUAAAACCUCGACAAAUGUAUUGAUGUAAUAAAACUGUUUUAAAGGUUACUUCAAUGUUGCAAAAUUAUGCUUUCAUCAAAAGUUAGCUUUAAAGGAAAAAUCGAUUUAUAAAAUAAUGUGGGACAUUUUUGUCUUUGAAAUUUGUUCUUUUAAAGAUGCAGUUUUGCUGUUGCUCCCAGGGAAAGAAAAAUCUCUAUACAAAGGAGAAAAAGUACCCCAUUUAUUUUUAGUUAAUAUUAAAAUAUAUAGCAAUAAAUGGCUGUUUAUUUUUU